CUCUCAUUCGACACUCACACAAGUCUCUCUUACUGUGACUAAGACAGCCGAAACCCCAAGACUAUUAUCAGUCCUUCUCCGGAAAUUCAUUUUCUUGUGUUCACUCUCAUUGUUGUUCAGGAUGGAAAGUGAAGAACACAUAUUGAUGUCUGAAUUGAACGAGAAGAUUUUCCAGAUAUUUUCAGAUUUUAUGACAAGGGUCAUAAAAUUCGAGGAGUUGGUUGCUGUGGGAAGUAGGUUACUUGUUGGCUUUCAUCAACGGCUAGAGUUUAUUCGACGUCCUCCAAUUAACAAGACAUCUGAGUUGAUCGAGCGCAUCUUUAGAGCUAAUGAAACCAGGAGGGUCUUGACAUAUGUUGAAGCUGGAUGUGUAAAUGCUCAUGACAGCAUACAAAAUAUAAGCAACUUGCAUACAUGCCAACUUGGACUUCAUGACCACUUAAGUAAAGGGUCGAGUGCAAGGGCGAAUCAAGCACCGGAUUACUCCAAAUGCAUAGUCAAUGAACUUGAAGGCCUUGUCAAGGAAGUAACAGGUGCGAUGCGAACUGCAAAUGAAAGCAAACCACUUUCGCAGGACAAAGUCACACAAGAUGAGUUUGGUCCAGAAGCAACUUUGUACGAUAAGGAGGAAACCGUAUCUUCUGAGCUUCCGAAACCAGAACACACUGAUUAUGCUGCCAUGAUGAGUGUUAUAUAUAGUAUGGUGAAGCUGGACUACAUUAUGCAGGUACUAAGCUCCCUCAUGUUGUGUGAUAUUUCUAAUUUGAAGAUUUAUUGCCUUUUGUUUGAUCUCAUGGUGAAAGGGGAGCCUGGAGUGAACUUGCCCAUUGCCGUAUAG